AUACUUUCGCUGGCCUUUCUUUUUUGUUUUCCCUCUCUGUUCAGUCUCUGAAUACUGAAACGUCUUAAAACUGCUCAAACUGUGCUUCGCUUUACUGUCACUGUUUCUCGUCUCUGCCUCUUUGUCUCUUUGAUUCUCCUUCACGCCAAAAACAAACUACAUUUUCACAACUACUGAGAAAAGCCAGUAUCUCUUUUAACUCAAUUUAGUUCUUCAAAUUUCUGUUACUGAAACCCUAAAAUGGAGCCGGAGAUUACAGAAUCGAGCUCCAAAACGGGCGAGAGUGGAGCCGGGUUAGGGAGUUUGAGAGCAGAGAUUGAUACUUCUGCUCCGUUUGAGUCCGUGAAGGAGGCAGUGAGUCGAUUCGGUGGAAUCGGUUACUGGAAACCCUCUCAACAUAAGUUAUCUGAAACUGAGCAUGAGAUGGAAGAGGUUGACAUUUCAAGAAUAGAGAAACAAACAGCACUGCUGGAAAAAGAUCUGAUAUUGAAAGAAAGGGAAACACUAGAAGUUCUAAAAGAGUUGGAAUCAACAAAAACGAUGGUUGAAGAACUUAAAUUAAAGCUACAGAAACAGGCAUCCGAAGCCAAUGUGACCUUGGAGUCAAUUGCGGAAGAUCAAAAAGUGACUCCUGAUUUAAAAGGAGAAAAGGAGAAUGACCAAAACCAUGAUAAUGUUGGAGAUCAUAAUCAGAAUUUGAUGGAAAGUUUAAGCCCCUGCCCCUCUUCAACUCCUGGUUUGAUCUUAAUGGAACUGAAGCAGGCUAAAUUGAACCUUUCUAGGACUACCAAUGAUCUCGCUGACAUUCGAGGUUCUGUUGAAUUUCUAAAUAAGAAAUUAGAGAAGGAACGAGUUUCACUUGAAAAAACCCGUGAGAGGCUGACAUUGAAUUCCUUAAAAAUAUUGUCUCUUGAGAAAGAGCUAAACCAAACAAAACUAAAACUUCAAGCUGUAAAAGAUGCUGAAAUUAAAGAUGGUUCAGAGAACUCUUUUGAUAUAUCAAGGGAGCUUCAGCGGCUGAAUUCUGAGGCAGAGCAGUUCAAGAAAAUGGGAGAGGCUGCACAAUCUGAAGUUAUGAAAACAAUAUCGGAGAUUGAACAAACAAGAAGUAGGAUAAAAACAGCUGAGAUCAGGUUGGUUGCUGCCAGAAAAAUGAAGCAAGCUGCAAGAGCAGCAGAAGCAAUUGCUUUUGCAGAGAUCAAGGCUGUGUCAGGACAUGAGAACUCAUCGGAAGAUCCUUUACAGAAAGCUGAAGGAGUAACUCUUACAUUUGAAGAGUAUUCAACUCUAACCUGCAAAGCUCAGAAAGCCGAGGAAUCAUCAAAGGCUAAGGUAGUAGAUGCUAUGCUUCAAGUUGAUGAAGCAAAUGUCUCAAGGACGGAAAUCUUAAAGAAGGUAGAGGAAGCUACAGAAGAAGUCAAAACCAGUAAGAAGGCCUUGGAGGAAGCUUUGAACAGAGUAGAGGCAGCAAAUAAGGGAAAGCUGGCCGUUGAAGAAGCUCUUCGCAAGUGGAGGUCUGAGCAUGGGCAGAAAAGACGUUCGGUUCACAACUCUACCAAGUUUAAGCACUCAUACCCUUCUCACCAUCGAAGGGAUUCUCGUUUGCUUGAUGUAAACGGGCUGAACUUAGUAAAUGAUGAGUCAAGUCCUGUUUUGAAGCCGACCCUAUCCAUAGGCCAAAUUCUUAGCAGGAAGCUGCUCUUGCCUGAAGAGUUUGAGACAGGAAUGCCAGCGGAAAAAGGCACCAUGAAGAGAAAGGUCUCACUAGGUCAAAUGCUCAGUAAACCAAAUGGUGAUGUGCCCUCAAAUCGUAAGGUCGAGAAGGAAAGCAGUCACAAGCAGUUCUCUGGUAAGAGGAAGAAGUUUGGUUUUGCUAAAUUCUCUUUACUCUUAACAAAGGAGAGUAAGAAAAAGAAGAAGCCAACUCUAAACUUGAGGUAAUUUGCCCGCCAAUAUUUCCAAUCAGCUAACUUCUAAUUUCCCUCCCUUCCUGUGGUGGACUCUUUUAUAUUCCUGUUUUGCAGUGUUCUAGUUCCCGUGUAGUUGUUUCUAUUAACUAUAUAUGUAUCGUAUCAUUGGUUGUUGUAAAGAUGAUAUUUAUGAUAUUUCCCAUAUUUCCUAUAUCCUUUUCAAGGCUAA